AUGUCGGAGAGGAAAACGAGGGGUCGUCAAAGGAUCCCGAUCAGACUGAUCGAGAAAAAAGACGACCUCCUCGUUUCCUUCUCCAAACGCCGCGUCGGCGUUUACAAAAAGGUGAGCGAGCUCAGCACGCUGUGCGGCGUCGACGUUGGCGCCAUCAUCUUCUCGCCGUCGGGAAUCCCCCAUUCAUUCUUCACUCCGGACUUCGACUCCGUCGUCUACGGCCGCCGCAAUGCCGCUCAGAAACGGGACGACAACCUCAACGGCAGCCCGCGGACGAGGAUCCGAGAGCUCAACAAACGGCUGGACGAGGUGGUGGAGAAGCAGGAGCGAGAGGAGAAGAGAGAGAAGCAGCUCGGCGGCGGCGCCGAGAUGGGGUGGUGGGAGGUCCCCGUGGAGAGCUUGAACGGCGAGCAAGUGAAGGAGCAGAUAGAGUGGUUCCAAGCGCUCAGAGCUCAGAUCAAAAGCCGAGUUCAAGAGCUCAAGAAUGGCACCGCGAGCUCGCCGCCGGAAGAUGGAGAUGGUGCAUUAGGUCACGUCUCCGGCGAGUGUUCCUUUGCUCCGCCGGCGUCUCUGGAUGCAUAUGCCGGGAAUCAGAACCCUUUUCCUCUUCCGCCGCCGCCGCCGCCGCAUUUUGAUGGCGGAGGUGGAAGUAGUGUUGCUGCGGAUCGGUAUCAUUUUGCUGCGUGUGUUGGUGGUGGAAGCGGGCAGUACUGUUACCCGGCGGCGUCUUUGAAUAUGUUUGAACAGUAUCUCCAGCCUCCGUCACCUCUCCGCGGCGGAAUCAGCCAAUGUUUAGGUGAUAAAUAUGGUUAUCUUCCUCAAGCUCAAGGAUAUGGAGAGCCUGGACCUUCACAUCGGACCCAAAAGUAG